GUUUACCCAUGCUACUUUGACAAGAACCGAUCGCACAAGGAAGGACGUCGCGUGAAUAAGGAGCUGGCUGUUGAGAACCCGCUGGCAAAGGACUUGGCAGAUGCGCUGAAAUCAAUUGGAUUCAGCUGCGUUUUGGAGCCUCAGAAGACUCACCCACAAGAUUGGGCCAACCCAGGCCGUGUACGAUUACAAUUCAAGGAGAGUGAUGGGUCGUUCGCGCAUCCCAUCGUCAAGAACAAAGCAGAUCUUUACGUCGCCAUCUCUCAUUAUCUCAAGCACAACCCCACGACACCACAGUCUGCACUUCGCCUGCCCAUCCCAGGCCUUCCCAGCGACAAACCACCUCCACCACCUGCCGUACCCAAAGGCAAACACUGGAAGAUCAACACCGUCGUACCACUCCAUUCGCCCGCAUUGACCGGUGGUGGUGUAUCAGAAAACCCCUUGGGCGAUAUGCAGUCGAUGAUGCGCAACAUGGGCGGGCCUGGA